CAACUUCAGUCGGCGGCACCCCUUCUGGUUCCUUAUACCUGAAACACCACCUUAGCUACCGUAUAUCUAGAGGGCCCGUUACUUCCUCCUUUCCUCCUCCUGCUACUCCAAACUCUCAUCUCAAGUCAGGUUUUACAGCUGGUUCUCUACACCUUGACAUUGUCGCAUUGCCCUUACUCCCAUUCUCGUAUCCGCAUCGACUGAAGUGCAGAAUCAUUCUCAGAUUACCAUACGAUGGCGAAACCGAGUCCACCAUCUACACCGCCGAAGCCGUUGUGCCUUAAAUGUGGCUUUCUAUCAUCUUACCCUCAGAUUAAACGGGAACCGCCGGAUCCGCGUCUCGAAGCACUUCUUAAGACCAACACUCCCCCACUCGAAGCAGAGAAAGCAACCUUUCGUAAGGCGAAGGAAGAUCUCCCCCUCAUUGUAUCGGAUUUGGACGAAAGAAUCGCACAGACUCAUCAGUUACUUCAUGCUCUUAAGGGCGAACGAGCUCAGGCUGCGGAGGACCUUCGACAUGCCAAAAUCGUGCUACAUCCUAUGCGAACCAUCCCCGACGACAUUCUUCGCGAAAUAUUUCUACAUAAUACAUUGACUUGGGAGGAUCUGGUCGAUGCGGGGAGGCGACUCGCUUUCCACGAUUCUCUCGACCCAAGGUGUGGGCCGUGGGUGCUGACACAUGUUUGUCGGAACUGGAGAAGCGUAGCCUUGUCCAUGCCGUCGCUGUGGAACUGCAUUUCCCUCGAUUUCAACGUAUAUUACAGGCAGAGGGACCGCCCUGCGUGCGUUGCCCUCCAGCUUGGGUUACAUAUCCAGCGGGCUCGCAGGUCUCCCCUUUCGAUCCGAAUCGAGAGUAUGGUUGACAUACAUACGCACAAUGCCUUUCCGAUCAUCCUCUCGAGCAUGUCGCAAUGGAAACACUUGCACAUACGUGUCCCCCCCGCAACUUGCCACCAGCUUGCUCAAUGCAAAGCAUUUCUAGAAAAUCUCGAAGAGGCGUGCAUCGACGGCGGCACAUUUCCUACCAGUUCACAGCGGGAAAGCCUCGAAAUGUUCCAGAUGGCCUCUAACCUUUGGCGGCUGCACAUUGGUGAACACGCGGAUCUCCGUAGCCAUCGCCUUCGUCUUGCCUGGUCGCAACUGACGUACCUCUCUAUCGAUAUCUACGCCGAUAUGAAUUUCAAUCUUUUCAAGGAACUCAAAAAACUUAGGAGUCUCCGAAUCGUUUUCCCUUCAGGACCGCGGAAGUUGAACGUAUCGCAGCGCAUUACUCUACCCAAAGUUGAGUAUCUGUCUUUGAAGAGAAAAGGGGCGGCGCACGGAGUGAACACGUUGGCAGGAGUAUUUGACAUGCUGGAUCUUCCCUCUCUGGACUCGCUCGCAUUUGGUGCGAACAUCGAACCAGGGUUGAAAGGCAUGCUACUCGAUUUGCCGACAUCUCUGUCUUAUCCAGGCCGCGAGCUUGACAACGUCUCCUUAGGAUUCCCAGACUAUGACCUCUCAAUCCCUGAAAACAAUUCCCGUAUCCUCAAUUUCUUGACUCAAGCUUCCGACGUCGUGGCUAUUGGGUUAGCGUUGAAAAACAUCGGGAAAGAUGUUAUGAAGAAGCUCACCGCCGACGAUGUCAACGGUUAUAACCGCUUCCCAACCCUCAGACACCUCGACUUCCACAACGCCUCCUUUACGGUAUCUCAGGCCGCCCUUCUUGACAUGAUCGAGUCACGGUGGAAAAAUGGCGGGGAGGACGAGGAGUCGUUUUUGAAUUUGAGACGGAUUCAUUUACCGGAAGAUUUUGAAUUUGAUGAACCGGGUGCGGAGGAACGGUAUCUUGUUUUGCAAGAACAAGGGCUGUUGAUUUACUGUCCCGUAGUUGACUGAACGCUCUAAACACAUCUCGAUUAUCAUUAUUACACACUAGUA